CUAACCGGAAGUAGUUUCUCGAAUGUUCAAUGAGUCACACUAGAAUCCGUCGUUGUAGUGUAACAGCCACUGUGUUACAUACAGUGUAACACACUAACAAACACUGUAACACACAUCUAUUGGCUUGGCGGCCCAGUUUGUCUGGGUGGAAUUACAGGGGUAUAUAAAAAAAUCACUCCAAAAACAGCAAAGCGAGGCAAAAAAACCAACCGAAGACAAAAGAAACUAAACAACAACAAACCCAACAAUAGUGUUUAGGAUCAGUUUUUAUUUGAAACUAUAUUUGUGUUGUAAACUUUAGGGGACAAAAUAGAAAUCCUGGCAUGGAAUACGCAGAAGUUCAUAUAGGCAUUAAUUGCUGCUACCCUUGCGGAUAAAAAAAAUAGAAAAAACUCAUAUUAGUAAUUAUAAUAUUAAUAAUUAUUAAUUCUAGACAUUAAUAGUCUUUUUAGUUUAUUUAUAAUAUUAAUAAGAAUGAUUUAGGGUUUAUAAGAAGCCAGACUGUAGAAAAAUUGGGGGUUUUGUCCCCAAUAUAGCAAUAAGGGGAAUUUAAAGUCCUCUAAUUAUUUGAAUCAGUUCAUGGUGUUUCGAGGGGGUCGUUGUUGUACCUUUUCCUUUUUAUUUUUGUGAUUUUCAAAUCUCCCAUACUAACAUUUUAAUGGAAAACUCAACACAUACAUAUGUAUAAUGAGGGGUAUUAAGCUAUUCUUAAUAGAAGGCAACAACUAGCUGUACACAAGGACUUCUGUUCUUUUGUUAUGAUUUCUAACGAUGGAGGUGAUAAUGGGACACAGUACUAAAGCAAAUUAAGACGAACACUUAUAUUUUUAAAUAUGGCUAUUUGUUCGUCCCAAACUGUCCUAGUGGCGAUAUCUUAUAGCUUCGCUUUAAUAAACAAGUGAAAGACAUUUGAAUUUACUUUUCAAUACAUAGACAUAGGUGGUAGAUUCUCCGAAGAUCACUGAAGCUUUCUUUUGUUUAAAUUAGGUUUGGUUCUUAGUUGUUUUAAUUCCUUCUUUCGUUCGAUCGUGUGUUAAGUCCAUCUGUUGCCGUCUCCCAUCUCCGUCGUUCUGUGUUCCACAGUUCACAAUGAUCAAACAAUGUUUUACAGACAGUUUAAUAUCUCUAGCCAUUGUGCUCAGUCUUCUUCGGACGGAUGUGACCAAUUAUUUUAGUAGUGACUACAUCAGCUACCCGGAGGUCCAGGAAAUUAUCCUGGGUGGCAGCACGGCAUACGGCCGCGUCAACAACUACAUAGACAGCAACCGUAACCAGCUCUACUCGCUCGGACAACACCUCCACUUCAAGAACGUCGACUAUGGACACAUCUUAUCGACGUCCUUCUACAACGAGCUGCGCCGGCUUACAUCGAACCCGUUCUCUUACAAUUAUGACGACUACUUCCCGCAGAGUGACGGCCGGCAGCGUCGCGGACGGCGGCGGCGACAGCGGGUUCGAUAUCCGGGCUUCCACACAGACUACUCUACCUACUUGGUCAGCGCCGAGCAAUCUUCAAACUCGGUCCACCUGACUGAAAACUCUAACGAAAGCAAUAGCAAUAAUGGUGACAAUGACGACGACUACAACAUCGUCGUUAAUAAUAACAAUGAUCACGAUAACAACAUCAUCCACGAACAACACAGCAAUGACCAUCACCCCAGAGAGGUGGAAGAAAAUAACGAUAGCGAAGCGGUGAGGGUGCCUGACGAGACGGAAGAUGAAAGCGGCGGUGAGCAUGGUGGUCAUCCGUGUGAAGAAGUGGACUACCUAAAUAGGAUUAAUUCUUAUUUUCACAGCGACGGAAAAAGAGAUCAAUCUGCUGCUAUUACCACACCUGCCACUGCUACUGAUCUCGGGGCCGGGGUUUCGCACCCGACUUGCCACAACAUAAAUAUUUCCAAUGGCAAUGACUCAGAGACCAACCCCCACAACAACAAUAACAACAACACUGUUGCAAAUAUCUCCAACUUGGAGACAUAUGUCAACGAUUCGGACAGUACUUCCACCCCAACUGCUACAGAUGAUGAUAGUGGUCAAGUCAACAAUAGCCAUGCAAUUAGCAGCAGUGAUCCGACUAACGAGGACCUUGAUUUGAUCGAUGUGCUCUAUCUCCAAGAUAUUGAUUUGGGAGUCCAGAGAGAGGUCUAUGACAUCACACUGCGAAGAGAACUUGAACGGGAGCAAGAAAUUGCCUUGCAAAAGGAGCGUGAGAAGCAAAAACAAUAUGAACAUAUUCAGUUGAAAUUACAAGACAAACAGCAUCGAUUAGAACAACAAUAUCUCACAGACAACUAUACCCAAGACAUUGAAACAGGAGAAUGGAUUCCACUCUAUCAACCAGCUCCUCCUUUAAACAUCCCCCUAAUACCAAACACAACAAACAUUCUCGAGCAACAACAACAACAACAGCAGCAGCAGCAGCCAUGCAUUCCGCAGCCUAUGCCAAUACCCCAACUCCAGACUGACCUUACAAAUAUACAAACCAAUUCUUGCCAAUACCAAACUUCAAAUUUAUUGAACUCUACACUAGAAGAAGCCUUGCAAACUUUAGACAUCGAUGCAAAUAAGAAUACCACCAGUGAGCAGACCGUCUUUGAGCUGGAACAAUACCUGGCUAACUGCCCAGUUGCCAACUUCAGCAAUGCCGCAACUGAACAGUAUGAACCAAUUCUACCAUCGCAGUUCAACUGUAACCUAUUGCCUUGUCCUACUACUUCUACUGCCCUCAACCCAUGUACUGAAUACAACACACCAAUUCACAACACUUUUCAAGAACAUUCUCAAUCUACUCUGCCAACUUGUGAACGUCAGAACAGUCUUGAUAAUUGGUGGAGAGAAAUCAGUGGUUCUUUGGAAAUGACUACAGCUGGCACCAGUGCAGAUAAUUCAACUCAUUGUCCAGAGCUCAUUCAAAAUGCAACACUUCCAAUUCCAUCUGGUGACAUUGGAUGUGGAAAUAAUUUGAACACAAGUCUAAAUGCUUCUGUAUCAACUGCAAACUGCAGCACAGCCAUCAACAACCACAGUUCCUGUAAUCCACCAGAAUGGGACAACCAAAACUAUCUCUUCCCGAAUAUGACCACCAGCAUCAAUGAAAGUGAGUCCAUGAUGGAGAUGGAGAAGAUUUUACCAGCAUUACAACAGAACAUGAUGACAAACAUCGACUUACCCAAUAUAACUGAAGAUCUGGUAUCUUUCGAUGAUGCCAGUAGAGACUCAGCUGUUUGUUCUUUGGCCAGUUCUGCUUCUCCUCUACAGGAGUUUAAUGAGUUUUCUGCAUACGACCAACUGGAAGGUGCGACCGGUGGCAGUGACUAUGACAGCUGUAGUAGUGGCUGCAAAUCUGUGAAACUGGAACCAAACACCUACUACUGUAGCUAUGACUCUAUGAGAUAUGGCCAACAGGCGGCUAAGCUCAAUCAGUCAACAUCUUCAAAUGACACUGACUUCAACUAUCAUCCAAGUAACACAAACCACAUUCUACACAACCAUACUUACCCACAGCAACCUCAAACACAGAACAUUAGUUAUGAGCCUUCAGUAUCAAGUAUUUCUAGGAGUGAAACCUACAGCAGCAGUGCCACCAUCCCUGCCUACCACAGAGGUCCAACUUCAAGAGACCAUAAGCGUCUCCAGGAGUUGAAAGUUCCUUUAAGUAUGAACCAGAUAAUCAAUUCCUCAGUUGAGGAAUUCAAUGAUUUGGUCCGAAAAUACCCGUUACCUGAGCCACAAUUAAGGCUCAUUAGGGAUAUACGUCGUCGAGGCAAAAAUAAAGUGGCAGCACAGAAUUGCCGAAAAAGAAAGCUUGAUAUUAUUGGUACAUUGGAGGAAGAAGUAAUCCAGAUGCGCCAGGAGCGUGACAGAUUGCUUCGCGAGGGGAGCCUAAUUCAUAAACAGACUAGGGAGAUGAAGGAAAAAUAUAAUGUCCGCUAUCAUGAAGUGUUCAGGUCCCUCCGCGAUGAGUAUGGCAACUCCUAUGAUCCACAGGAGUACUCUUUACAACAGUCCAGUGAUGGUAAUGUCUUCCUAGUACGCAAAAGCCUCACUUCAGAUGAGAAAACUAUGGACUCUAAUCGAAAGAAAAAAACUGAUGAGAAAUGAAAAUUAUCAUUUCAAAAAAAAAAAGAAAGAAUUGGAUAACAAUAAUAGAAAUAUAAGAAAAAAUAUGUAAGCAAAUAAAUAUAAACAAAGAACAAAAGAAGUUUUGGGGCGGGAUUUUGCUAUUCUCUUAGUUUAAAAAGAAAAUUUCACCCCCAUUUAUGUUAAAUAUUAACUAUUCAUUGCCUUUUGAUCUUGUUUGGUGAACAAUUCCCAAAUAGUUUUUGGUAUCAUUUGUUUUUUGUUUUUUUGUUUCUGGUGGGGGUUUGAUUUAUAAAAAAAAAUCUUUUAUAAUCAUUUGUUAAUUUUUACCAUCCAUUGUUUUUUUUUCACACGUAUUUUGUUUCCUUACCAUCAGUUUUUCAAUUCAUAACUUCUAUGAGUGUGUGUGUGUUUGUAAUAUUAUAUAUAUAUAAUAUAUAUAUAUAUACACAAACACAUAUACAUACAUGUUCAUUUGUUUUAUGUUAAAUUCAAAAUGAUUACUUUCAUUGUUUUUUUUUUGUUUUUUUUUUUCCAGCAACAUUUUUUAAUAUUAUUCUUUUUGUCAUUUUAACAUUUUCACCCCACCCUUUUACUUAACUUAAAAAUAAAGAGAAAAACAUACAUGCAAAAUUUUAAAUCUUCAAUUAACCAGCAUUAUAAACCUGCAGAAAUUUCUCUUUUUAACACUUCAAUUUUUUUUUUUUUUUUUUAAUUUAACUAACUACCAUGCAAGAUUAAUUAACUUAUUGCCAAACCAAUUAGGAAACCUCUACAAAGUCAUUCUGCCUGCUAAGCAUGGCUGCCAAAUCUCUCUCAAAUCAUAUCCUGCUGUAGGACAGGCACACAUAGACUUUUUAAUAAUGUUUCUAGUUGGAACAUCUUUGAUCAUAGCUCUGCUUGUUUAUUAUUGACAUGGGGACAAAGAACAUCACAGUUAUUAAGUCGUUAAUUAAUUAGGAAAUUAUUUCUCAAAUCAUCUUAAACCUGGUUCUGUGUGUCUUUGAGCUGAACACAAAUUCAGUAGUUAAAUUUGAUACAGCUUAAUUAAGAAAAGUAGACAGUUUGAAACUGAAAUAAAGUAUUAUUUAAUUUAAAAAAUAUGCAUUGUGUAGGAGUAGUGUAAUCAUCAUAAGGAAAAGAAUCCUGUUUUUUUUUUAAUAAUUAAUAAGGAAGGAGUUUCUAACUUAGAUAGUACAAGGCAAAAAAUUUAUAGGUAAGAGGUAUGGUUGAUUGAACUAAACCAUGACAUUACUGGUAUCUAAUAUUAUCAGCCUCUUAAAUAUCAAAUACUGGUGUCAGGUGUGAACUUAGUUACUCAAUGUUUGAUAGGAAGCUGUAUGUUGUUAAGUUGUUCUCUAUCACUUCUGCUAUUACACCAACAACAAUAAUUAUAAUACUGCUGCUGCUUCCCUAUGUUACCAACCAUUUCAGAUUAAAAUCCUACCAAAAUCAACUGACUUUGUAUUUGAUUCAUUUCCGUUGCUAAAGUGUGUAGGGGCCAGGAUUGUGAUUAAGAUACCAGUAAUACACUGGGUCAAAGUAGUUAGCUAAAUUCUUUGUUUUAAGGGGGGUGGAAAGCAAAAUAAAUUGUGUAUAUUAACAACCCAUUAAAAUUAAUAUCUGUCCAGUGAGCAUUUAGGAUUAAGUACUACAGUGAAAGGUAAGGGUCAUUUGGUGGGGAGAAAGGCCUAAAAGGAUUCAUUUUUUUUCUUUUUAAUUAUUUCUAUUUUUUAUUUUUUUUUGUUAAAUCAUUCUAAUAAACUUCAUACAUUUGCAUGGGAAAACUAUUCAUUCCUGUCCAUGAGGAGAUAAGGCAGUGCUGUUGCCCUGUGAGUGUGUAUGCAUAUACAUUUUGUGUGUGUGUGUAUAUUAUGUUGGUUUUGACUUUGACCUAUGUGGUGUUGAAAAUACACACAGCCCUAUAUGUCAGCCUGAUUAACUGUUAAUUUGUUCCAAAACUCACACAUUUCAUUGUCUGAAAAAACAUGGAUUAAAACAAAUGUCAGCUUACUGAGACCAUGCUUAAUCCAAUCUUUAAAAUACAACACACUCAGUUGUACUGAUUCCCCCACCUCUCUCUCUCUCUUUUCCACUGUUGUUGAAAUCUCUGCUCUUCUGAAUAACAACAACUUUGUAUAUUUUUCUUCCAUUCCUAUUCAGUCUCACUUUCCAUCAUCGUUUCUUUUGGCUGUGCCCUCUACUACAUUGUUUCCCCCCCAGGCUCCUCUAUAACUUAUCAAAAAAAUGUAUGCACUACCGGUGGUUAGAAAAAAAAGUAUUUUUAAUAUUUCAUAAUUACAUACUUGAAAAAAUAUCUAUACUAAGGCAUUGGAAUAGCGCCUUACUGUAGCAAACAAUGCUUGGCUGGAGCGACUGGUUUCACUAGGCUGAGUAUAGAUAUAGCAUGUUUGCUGUAAAAAGAAAAAGGUUUUCACAAUUCCAGGUCCCACUAGAAAAUAUAUAUUUUGGAUUCCAUGCCCCAUCACAAUUUUCUCAGGCUCCACCAGUGAGGCAUAUACCCCACAAAGAGAAUUCCUGCUUUAUUGUGUCACCAUUUCUUUCUUGUCUCCUCUCCCCACUAGUCUCUCUUCCCAGAUCUGAUACUCAGCACUUCACACCCAGUUCUGUUUUCUUUCCCACAACAGUAACUGUCUGGAGAAUCUCUCCUUGUACGUUUAUAUUUCUGAUCAACAUCAAUCUACUGAUAUACUCCAACUGAGCAUCAACCAUGUCAUUGAUCUUCAUUUAAAUGAAUUAUUUAAAAUAAACUUGGGCCAAAAUGAACAUUGCAAACCUUGAGGCGCACAUUCCUUUUUUUUUUCUUUUUUGCAGCCUUGGGGGUGCAUUUCUUACACUCAUUCCUUUAACAUCCACUUUUAUAUGCUUGCACAGGUCAGAUGGAAUUUGCUGAGGUAGAUUUUCUAAGGUCGAUGCUCUUCCUGUCACCAACCCUCAGUUGUUCCCAAGCAAGGAAAUAUUUCCCACAGCUAGGCAUGUUUUUCUAUGGAAGACUGGAAAUGAACAUCAUUUGUAUGACAAUGAUGCUCAUUUACAACCAUCGCAUAUCUAGCGAAGAGUACAUACAUACACAUGACAAUCUUCUUUCAGUUUCUGCCUACCAAAUUCACAAGUAUUUGGUCAAGUAGCAGACAUUUACUCAAGCUGCUGCACAUUGGGAUUGAACUAGAGAUCACAUGGUUGGGAAGUAAGCUUUGCAACCAGUCAUGUCUACCUUUGUGUGUGUGUAAAAUCUGUUUUAAAUAUAAAUGGAUGUAAAUGUAUAAAGCUUUGGAACAACUCAAGCAUUAGUUGAUCUGGUGUAUUUUCAACACUAUAUGUAUGCUUGUAGGUGUGUGUGUGUGUGAGAUUCAUGUUUGUGUAUGUACACACGUACACAACUUAUGUGUAUACAUGGUUUUUUUUUUUUUUUUUUGGUUUUUUCCAUGCUUCAUUAUUUCAUUUAGUUCUCUUCUCUUAAUUAAAAUAAGCCUUUAUUCUUUGUUCAGCCUGACUCACAAGUCUGAGUAAACACUUUAUUCUGAAUUGGAUUCAAUCAGUAAGGCAGUUUGUUCAUUGGGAAACAAAGUGUAAGGGAAUAAAUUAACUGAAUCUAAAUUAGAUUUCUAAUUAAACAAACCAGCCUAUCAACAUUUGAAAUCCUCCAGCUCAUUCAAUUAAUUCCAUCUGUUAAUUAUACAACUUACUUGAUUUCACUUGAUCCAUUGUUAAAAUGAUUUAUUAUUAUUAUAUACCUCUUUAUUUUUGUAAAGAAGUUUCUCUUGUCAACUUGUUUCACCACAUGGCUUGGUCAACCAACUAGCGCCGUCCCAAUCCAGACCCUACCGUAACACACAUACUUCUCUACACAACUUCCUCCACACCAACUAACCAUGCAAUCCUACCUUCCUUUUCCACAACCCUGAACUACAAAAACAUUCUGAAGCUUUGAUCACUGCCCCAAUCCCUUCCCUUUAUUAAAGAUUAACUGAGGUAACAUCACUUCAUUUAAUAUCCCCAUGUUUUUACCCCUUCCCAACCCCAUACUACACUCUUCACUCUCAGAGAAGAGACUAAAUAAACUUCAAGUACUGCAACUUUCAUCUUCUAACUAACAAUAAAAAUAUACAUAUAUACACACACACAAACAAACUACAUGUAUUAAUAUGUAUACUAUAUUUAGAUACUGUCACUAUACUUUGAUUAUCAACAAUACUAUUGAGCUUCAUUCAUUGUCAUUCAUAUAGUCUCACAUUUCAAACUACUCAUCAAACCUUGCACAACUUCACCCUCCACAAGUCCAGAAAAGGACCUGCUAAUGCUAUGAGCACUGUCCCUCUUUCUAUGACCACAUUAUUAUUAAUAAAGAAAAUCAAUUAUAAUACUAAUAUGAAAAUCAUUAACAAUUUGUUGUUAAUGAUUGAACCAUUGAAAUGGUUAUACUUGAGAAAGAAUAAAGUAAUUAAAAAUAUA